CAUCGCUAGACGACAGAGCAGGGGUAUUAUCCCUGCUGCCACCUAUCCCGAAGUGGAAACUGUCCGUUUAACCCAUCUUCCCUUCUAUAAAUCCCCCGCUUCCUCUACAUUGACUGCUCGCAUGCAAAAUCUCUUCUUUGAUUCAAUUCGGGCUAAAGAUAAUAUUGCUUUUGGUUGCUUAUCCAUGCGGUAUUGUAUGUAGAGGAAAGGCCAGCAACAAUAUAUGCAUGAACUAACAGUAAUAAUGCUCGCUUCUCCUCCUCUCUUCUUUAAUGCAGCCUUUACCAGCUUCUUUCUCUCUCUCUUGCUUUCUAACACUUUGGAGUGCUGAAGUUCAUCAUGCACAGCAGCAAGUCAAUGCGAUUGGCUGGGUAUCGUAGAUCCGUACGUUUGCUGAGGAAGCUGAUAUCAAUGCGCUCUGUUUCCUGCUGCGUCAUGCUUUAAUUUAUACCCUGUUUCAUUUGAUAAAAAUAUCUUCUUUAUCGUUCGAAGAAGAAAAGGUGACUGCUUUCCGGCGAAAAUGCCCAUUGGGCAGAUGAAGGAGGCUAAUGGAGUUGAGAGGCUUUUUUUUAAGAAGCCGCUGCAGUCCGGCGAACUUAUCAAUCAACCGGCGACGAAUCCUUCGGCGGUGGUGGCGAAGAAGAAGGUUGGUGUGCGGCGGAGGGGGAAGGGAAGGCUGGCUAAAGUAGAUGAUGGGUUGAAACCAUUCGAACCGGCGGUCGGGGAAGUGAUCCUCGUGGAGACGGUUGAGCCUCCGGCGUCGACGAAAGGGAUCACUUUCCACCGGCGGCCUGGUUUCGGUCAGGUAGGCAUGAAGUGCGUCGUCAAGGCGAACCAUUUCCUCGCGCAGCUUCCGGAUAAAGAUCUGAACCAGUACGACGUGACGAUUACACCGGAGGUGAGUUCGAGGCAGCUGAAUAGGGCGAUAAUGGCGGAGCUGGUGAGGGUUUACAGGGAGACGGGGAUGGGGAUGAGGCUUCCAGCCUACGAUGGCAGAAAGAGCCUAUACACUGCGGGAGUUUUACCUUUUAGGUCCAAGGAGUUUGUUAUCAAUCUCAGCGUCGAGGAUGAAGGGACAGGAAUCACGAGGGAUAGGGAGUAUAAGGUGGCAAUCAAGUUCGUGGCUCGAGCUGAUCUCGACCAUUUAAAAUUGUUUCUCGAAGGGAAGCAGACUCAUGCUCCUCAAGAGGCGCUUCAGGUGCUAGAUAUUGUCUUGAGGGAACUAUCGAAUCAAAGGUACACUGUUGUGGGGAGAUCCUUCUAUUCUCCUGAAAUAAAAAAGCCUCAGAGGCUGGGUGAUGGUUUGCAGUCUUGGGGUGGGUUUUAUCAAAGCAUUAGGCCGACUCAGAUGGGGCUUUCUCUCAACAUUGACAUGUCCUCGACCGCUUUUAUUGAACCGCUGCCGGUGAUCGAGUUUGCUGCUCAGAUAUUGGGUAAGGAUGCUAUCUCAAGGCCUUUAUCGGAUGCAGAUCGAGUUAAGAUUAAGAAGGCGCUUAGAGGUGUGAAAGUUGAAGUAACUCAUAGAGGAACCGUCCGUCGGAAAUAUCGAGUUUCUGGAUUGACAUCCCAACCUACACGCGAGUUAAUCUUCCCAGUAGACGAACAAAUGAAUAUGAAAUCUGUGGUUGAAUAUUUCAAAGAGAUGUAUGGAUUUACCAUCCAACAUUCUCACCUUCCCUGUCUUCAAGUUGGAAAUCAGAAAGCAAAUUAUCUUCCAAUGGAGGCUUGUAAGAUUGUUGAUGGUCAAAAAUACACAAAGAGAUUGAAUGAGAAGCAGAUAACUGCCUUGCUCAAAGUAACAUGCCAGAGACCCAGAGAUCAAGAGAUGGAUAUUCUACAGACAGUUCAUCAGAAUUCUUAUGAACAAGAUCCCUAUGCUAAGGAAUUCGGAAUUAGCAUCAGCGAUAAACUGGCCACCGUUGAAGCUCGGGUUCUUCCUGCUCCAUGGCUGAAAUAUAGUGAAAAUGGAAAGGAGAAGGAAUGUUUACCACAAGUUGGGCAGUGGAAUAUGAUGAACAAGAAAGUGAUAAAUGGGUGCAUAGUGAGUAACUGGGCCUGCAUAAACUUUUCAAGAAGCGUUCAAGAAAGCACAGCUUAUGGGUUCUGUCAGGAGCUUGCGCAGAUGUGCCAAGUAUCUGGCAUGGAAUUCAACAGAGAACCUGUGAUACCAAUCUAUUCUUCUAGGCCUGAUCAAGUAGAAAAGGCUCUUAAACAUGUCUAUAACAUGGCAAUGAAUAAACUGAAGGGAAAAGAGCUGGAGCUUCUUCUAGCCAUACUCCCAGAUAAUAAUGGUUCUUUAUAUGGUGAUCUCAAAACAAUCUGCGAGACUGAUUUGGGGUUGAUAUCUCAAUGCUGUUUGACAAAGCAUGUUUUUAAGAUAAACAAACAGUACUUAGCAAAUGUUUCACUCAAAAUAAACGUUAAGAUGGGAGGGAGAAAUACUGUUCUUUUGGAUGCCAUUAGUUGGAGAAUUCCUUUGGUCAGUGACAAACCAACUAUAAUAUUUGGAGCAGAUGUAACUCAUCCAGAGACUGGGGAGGAUUCUAGUCCAUCAAUUGCUGCUGUUGUUGCUUCCCAAGACUGGCCAGAAGUUACAAAAUAUGCUGGACUUGUGUGUGCUCAGGCUCAUCGACAAGAACUUAUUCAGGAUCUUUACAAAACUUGGCAUGAUCCGCAGCGGGGCACUCUUACUGGAGGCAUGAUAAGAGAGCUCCUGAUUUCUUUCAGGAAGGCAACUGGUCAAAAACCAAUGAGAAUAAUAUUCUACAGAGAUGGUGUGAGCGAAGGACAGUUCUAUCAGGUCCUUUUGUAUGAAUUGGACGCAAUUCGUAAAGCGUGUGCUUCGUUAGAACCAAAUUAUCAGCCUCCAGUGACCUUUGUUGUGGUUCAAAAGCGACACCACACUAGGCUCUAUGUGAACAACCAUAAGGAUAGAAACAGUUCAGACAAGAGUGGAAAUAUCCUGCCUGGCACUGUGGUUGAUACCAAAAUCUGUCAUCCUACGGAGUUUGAUUUCUACCUUUGUAGUCAUGCUGGCAUCCAGGGAACUAGUAGACCAGCUCAUUACCAUGUCAUAUGGGAUGAAAACAAUUUCACAGCAGAUGAAAUGCAGACGUUGACAAACAAUCUCUGUUACACGUAUGCUCGAUGCACUCGAUCAGUAUCUGUCGUGCCACCUGCAUACUAUGCUCAUCUCGCCGCAUUUCGAGCACGGUUUUAUAUGAAACCUGAAUUCUCUGAUAAGCAGACAACACAUAACAUAAGAAUGCAGAAUGGUUCUUCUGUGAAACCUCUGCCAGCAUUGAAAGAGAAGGUGAAAAGGGUUAUGUUCUAUUGUUGAGUCUGAGAAGGCAAAAGAGAGGAUGAGAAGAGGACUUAUUGUACAUCUUGCUGUACCUUAUUUUGUAGAGUUGAGCUUUAAUUCAUGCAGGUUAGAAGCUGGAAAAUCUUUCCAGAUUGAUUACUUGGUUGUUAUUUGUUACACUUAUACACAAUCUGAGGCUAGAAGAGUGUAGUCAUGUUCUUUUGAUGAAUGUCCAGUUGGGGGUUUUGAGGACUGUGCUGUAAACAUCAAUUAAUUUUGGUUGAGAAGGAAAAUAACAGUUGGAUAAAUAUUGGGUUUGGUAAA